UGGCGUUAGAAAUACCCUUUUUGGUGAUUUUAGCUGUUCUGAUAUUUCGAUCUGACAGUGCCAUUUAUAAUACAUAUUACAUGGAUGAGCUCUGCGAACAAACGUUCACGGUGCCCGGCGAAAAGACGGCGGGAAUACUGAAACUUACUCGCUCGAGGACUUACAAGUCUAAUAUGCAAUGUAAGAUGAAACUCAGAGCUCCGAGCUAUCAGAUGUUGAUGGUUCAAUUUACCAAACUCGAUUUAAAGAGAGACGGCGACAAGUGCAUUGACUGGGUGCAGAUGUACGAUUCAGAGCCGUUGAAAAUCAAUGAGAUAUCAAAACAACUAUGUAAAAAGCAAUCAUCAAAAUAUGUGUCGGACACGGACUACAUUACUAUCAUCUUUGUCAGCGGUUCUGGUCCGGCCAAAGAGGGAUUUGAAAUGGUGUAUAAUUCCUUUCACUUGGCACCGUGUGCAGAUUUCUUCUACAAGUGUGACAACGGCCGCUGCAUCGAUUCAGUACUGAGUUGUGCAGAGUAUGACCACUGUGGAGACGACAGCGGCAGCUGUGAACUUCUCAUAUGGAUGGCCGUUGGCAUCGUCUUGACCAUUUUAAUCAUCGCUGGGGUCUGUCUGGGAGCCUGCUUUUGUAUUCAAAGGAGAAAACGGAAGCAAAGAAUGCAACAGCUUGACAAUCAGGGUAACAUGCAAUUUCAAAACGCUAAUUAUCCUAAGCAAGCUCCUACAGGAUAUCCUCAGCCAGCUCCUAUGGGAUACCCUCAGCCAGCUCCUAUGGGAUACCCUCAGCCAGCUCCUAUGGGAUAUCCUCAGCCAGCUCCUAUGGGAUACCCUCAGUCACCUGUUCCAGGAUAUUCUCAACAAGGAUCACAAGGAUUCCCUUUUCAGCAACGUGGUACAGGAGGAUUAUUAUCAGGCCUAUUUUAGCUAGCUAGUGUCAUAAACUAGUCAGAUUUAUCUUGUUUUUACAAAGUAAAAAGGUGAGGUAUACGGGUAGGUAUUGCUUUUUUCUGGCAGCAAUGGUGUCAACCUUUUCACUAAACUCAAUAUUACGUUUCCCAUUUACAUGUAGCUCAAUUUCUCACAAACUGUUAGUCCUAUGUUAGUGAGACGUGGUGGUUUAUAGAUCAAGGGCCUAAUUCACAAAGCUGUCUUAGGCUCUGCUAGACAACAAAGCAUCCUCUUUGCAAGUAUUUUAGCAUUGCACUGCGAGAUAGCAAAGUUGCGAGAGUUUAGUGAAUUAGUCCCUAGGCCCCUUCAUAGCCAGUAAACAGGUACGAGCAGGGCACAAUAUUUCACGAGAACCGUUUGUUCUGUUCACAUGUCAGUUACGCAACUUUAAAAUUACGGGAACAAUUACAUUCUAAAAUUAAAAGUACUAUAUAUCAGUAAUGAAAGCAAAUACCGGUAUCAGUUUAUGUUUUUGAACCAUCAAUGUAGCACAGAACCGUAGUUCAAAUGUUUUAGGAUUAGGUAGGCCUAACUCAUCGAUUACUGAGAACUAUAUUAAUGUUACCGAACAAUCGGUUAUCUAAGUCAUAUGAACUGACUUCCGGUUACCUAAGAUAUUGAAAUAUUGUUCCCUGUACGAGUAACGUGUAUAAACGGAAGACAAUAACCCAUAGGUUACUACUGCAGGUUACAAUAAGUCAACUUGUGCCACACUGUUACUACGAAAAAACUUCUGUGUCAGUAGUGUUAUAGUUGUAUGGUAACAUUUCAACAAUAAUUAAAUAUCCAUUAAUUCAUUACAAAUUUUUUGGUAUGGCACUAUGGAAUUGAAUAUUUACAGAGUUUGUGCUGAAUGCAAUCGCAGACGACAGAGGGUAUAGGGGGCCUCCCCAGAAAGAAAAUGGGUUAGGGUUAAGAAAAUCAUACAGUAAUGAUAAGAGUCAUGAAGUUUGUCGAAAGGUUAAUUUAAAAUACAAAAUCUUCUAAAUAAUUUGGGUAUGGCUCCAUACCCGUUUUACCCUCUGGCAGAAACCCUGCAUUGUAAAAAUGAUGUUGCCAGGGGACGUCACAUAGAUGACGUCACUUUAUAUUGGUACUUUGUAUUAUUAAGGAUUAUUAUUCUAAAACCAAAACAUAUAAUUCAAAAUAUAAGUUGCAGGGCUAUUAAUUAGAUUUAACUAAUUUGACCACAACAGGCAUUUUGUCAGUUCUGGUUGUACUAUACCAAAUGAAAUGUUAAUAUGUGGUUAAAAACACUACAUGUAUACCAAUUAUAUAUCAACCAAAUUAUAACUCAUACAUAUCAGUACUACAACCCCGACCUCAAAGUAUUAAGUGAAGAAAGUGUAACCUUUUAUGACUCAUUUUCAAUAUAGCCAGAUGUUUUACACAUUUGUAGUACUUAGUUUUACAGGUGCCCGCGUAUAUGUUUCAAGCACUAGGCUAAUUCAUAAAGUAGUACUAGAUGAAAUAAAAUUGCAUACAGUUAUUGGCAAGAUGAAACUGUAUGUUUUGACAACAAACACUGUCACAUUUAUCAUCAAUGGCAAGAUUUGUGGUAUUAACUGCUGUAUCAAAAGUCUGGUGCACCUCGAACUUUGACCCGGCUGGAUGUUGUUUGGUUUAGUACCACCUAUGAGCACAGAAAGGUCUUUUUUUAGUCCAUGAGCCAGACCAAAAAUUGGUACCAUCUCAGGGCACCAAACAAAACUGUUAUAAUUGUUUUAGUACACCCUAGAACAAAAUAAAAAUGCAUGAUGGACUUUCCAAUAGAGUAUCUUUACCUAGUUAUGACACUUUUAACAUUUAUUACUCAGGUGGUCGAGAAAUCCGAAAAAUGGGUGAUAUAAUGGUACUAAAGCACGUAUAAACCUUAUAGGUUGGUACCCACAAUGUUCUUUGUAAAUUUUGCAUCUUUCGUAAGUACUGAUUAAGAAUACAAGAAGUGUAAAUUCGGUAUCCUUGAGUAUUUUGAAAUAUUGAAGAUGGCGUCCAAGAUGGCUGUCAAAACGGACCUGGAAACAUCUCCAAUACUUUAUCAACUAUGACGAAACGGUUGGUGUUCGUGACAGUGUUUUAGGGGUCAGAGGAUUCAUAUUAAACUACUCCCAGCUAAUCAAGACAUUGCAACAUCAUUUACAUCCACUAUUGUAGUCAGAACAAAACAAUAAAAUUUAUCUCAUUUUACAUCGACUAUAGUAGGAUUGUUAUGUUAGGUAUUCAGUUUUGUGUAUUCAUCAAGGAAUACAUUUACAACCGAUUCUAAAUGAGAUAUUGCAUUGUCAUUUAAAUCCAAGAUGGCCCCGAAAAUGGCCGUUAUGAGUAAAAACGUGGCCAUAUGUUACAUUCUGUAUUAUCUCAAACGAUAUAUGUUUUUACUUCAAAUACAGGGUCUUCUAAGGGGAAAGCAACACAAUGGCUACAAAAGCAUCUAGAAAAAAUUUAAUUGCAUAGACCAACUCUUAUAAUGCCAAUCUGGCUGUGAUAAAUGGGUAAGUCGUAAUAACUGAUGUUAAUACAAUAACCUUUCAGUCACUCUUCGUAUAAACACUAGUCUCUGGUGAUUUGCGUGCAUAUGCCCAUAAUGCUAUUUAUCACAGCAAAGUCGGCAUUGUGGACUAUUUGAUCCACCUCAAGCAAUUUUAUAUGUAGAUGGGUUUUUUUUGGAAAAGGAUGGGUUUACCCUUAAAACGUAGCAUUUGGUUUCAAAAUUAUUGUUUUAGGCAUGGGCGUACAUAGAGGGGGUUCGAUGGGUUCGACCGAACACCCCCCCCCCCCCCCCCCCCCCCCCC